AUGGUUGUUUAUUCCUUUUACAUUUUUGACCGCCAUGCGGAAUGUAUAUACAAACGACGUUGGGUGCCCCGUCCGCCAUCAAUUAUUGGAAAGUCCUCGCGUCCAACUUCAGAAACACCUGCCACUCCCAAUGCAUUACCGCCUGUGCUGGGCCAAUCUGCGCGGACUACCGACGACGAUGCUAAGCUGAUCUUCGGCACCGUCUUCUCCCUCCGUAAUAUGGUGCGCAAAUUAGGGGGUGAGGAUGAUAGCUUUGUUACCUACCAUACCAAUCAAUACAAGCUCCAUUAUUAUGAGACGCCUACCAACAUCAAAUUCGUAAUGCUUACCGAUGUCAAGAGUCCAAGCAUGCGAAUUGCAUUGCAGCAGAUCUAUAUCAAUCUUUAUGUUGAAUAUGUGGUCAAGAAUCCGUUGUCCCCGGUCGAACAUCCGGGUGGUGUAGGUGUAAAUAAUGAGCUUUUCGAGGAGUCUUUGGAACAAUUUGUGACGCGUGUCCUGUCAUGA